CCCACCCCGGUGCCCUCCCCAGGUUAUGAGCCCUUGGCUCCGCUCCCACCAGCCGCCUCGGCCGUGCCCGUCUGGCAGGACCGCACCAUCGCCUCCGCCAAACUCCGGCUCCUCGAGUACUCCGCCUUCAUGGAAGUGCCGCGGGAUGCCGAAACGUACAGCAAACACCUCUUCGUGCACAUCGGCCAGACGAACCCCUCGUACAGCGAUCCGCUGCUGGAGGCCGUGGACAUCCGCCAGAUCUAUGACAAGUUCCCCGAGAAGAAAGGUGGCCUCAAGGAGCUCUAUGAGCGUGGGCCCCAGAACUCCUUCUUCCUCGUCAAAUUUUGGGCGGAUCUGAACAGCACGAUCCAGGACGGGCCGGGGACUUUCUAUGGUGUCAGCAGCCAGUACAGCAGUGCAGAGAACAUGACCAUCACGGUCUCCACCAAGGUGUGCUCCUUUGGGAAGCAGGUCGUGGAGAAGGUGGAGACGGAGUACGCGCGGCUGGUGAAUUACCGCAUCCACCGGUCUCCCAUGUGCGAGUACAUGAUCAACUUCAUCCACAAACUCAAGCACCUCCCGGAGAAGUACAUGAUGAACAGCGUCCUGGAGAAUUUCACCAUCCUGCAGGUUGUUACCAACAGGGAUACCCAGGAAACCUUGCUC